AUUAACUUUACAUUUAUCUAAAAUAAAUGUGUUGAGAUAACUUGUAAUUAAAUCCACUACAUCUGUUUUUUUUUAAUUUUAUUUUUUGAGUGUGGAAUACUUUUUAAUUGCUCUCAUUUCAUUUUGUUCUGCUGUUUGAUAAAAAAUAAUAAUAGAUMCAACAAAUAUUUUUAUCACUUCCGUGUAGAGACGAUGUUUUUCGAUGAUGUUUUUCGAUGAUGUCUCCUAACAGCAGCCUGUCCUCUGUGCAGACAGCAGGCUGGACCAUGCAGCACUACGGGGUGAACGGGUAUUCUCUCCACGCCAUGAACUCGCUGAGCGCCAUGUACAACCUCCACCAGCAGGCGGCGCAGCAAGCGCAGCACGCGCCCGACUACAGGCCGUCAGUGCACGCGCUCACCCUGGCAGAGAGACUGGCUGGUUGUACAUUUCAAGACAUUAUCCUCGAGGCCCGGUAUGGUUCCCAGCAUCGAAAGCAGCGGCGUAGUCGGACGGCGUUCACUGCUCAGCAGCUGGAGGCUCUGGAGAAAACCUUCCAGAAGACCCACUACCCGGACGUGGUGAUGCGAGAACGCCUGGCCAUGUGCACCAACCUGCCUGAAGCCCGUGUGCAGGUUUGGUUCAAGAAUCGUCGAGCCAAGUUUCGUAAGAAGCAGCGCAGCCUCCAGAAGGAGCAGCUCCAGAAGCAGAAAGAAGCAUCCGGAGUUGCCGAGGGCUCCUCGGAGGAUUCCAAAACUGACCUCACGACCAGCACCGCCGCCACCACUACCCCAGUGGUUCCCGAGGCCCGCACGCCUCCUCCUCCUCCUUCCUCCUCUUCCUCCUGUCACUCAGAGCCGGAGCCCAUGGCGGCGUCCGGGCCCCAGCCGGCCGAGAUGAGCGUAGAAGUGAACGUCACCUCCCCGGAGCCGUCGGACAGCGAGUCGGCAGCAGAAGACAACGCCGACAGAGAGGAGGAGGAAACGAGUGGGGAGCCGAGGGUGAAGCUCCGGGAGGAGGUGCAAGGGGAGCGGGCGACAGACGCGGGGAGCAGCUCUCCGUCCUGCAAACAACUCAGUCCCUCAUCAGAGUCUCCACUGAGCUCUCCCGCCUUGGCGUCCUCCAGCAGCCUCGCAAGCGGUUUGGCUCAGAGCAACUCCUACGCUUCGUCCCCGCUCAGCCUCUUCCGGCUGCAGGAGCAGUUCCGGCAGCACAUGGCAGCCACCAACAACCUCGUCCAUUACCCGUCCUUUGACAUGAGCGCGCCGUCCUCCCUGCCGUACCUCGGCAUGAACGUCAACAUGCCCUCCCCUCUGGGCUCGCUGCCCUGCCAGUCCUACUACCAGAACUUGUCGCAGGCCCAGCAGGUGUGGAGCAGCCCGCUGCUGCAGGCGACUCCAGGCGGCCUCCCGGGGAGCCUCAACAGCAAGACCACCAGCAUCGAGAACCUCCGUCUGCGGGCCAAGCAGCACGCAGCCUCGCUGGGACUGGACACGCUCCCCAACUGAAACGUCCACGUUCGGCCACYUCUGUCCAAAGGCUGAAGGGACGUCUUCGUCUCGAGCUUCCUUGUGACCUCUCAAAACAACGUCAGCUGCGCAGAAUUCUGACCCAUCUCUGAAAAUAUAGCAAACAUUUCUUCAAAAGA